UUUUUCGCCAUUCCUACUUCUCUCUGCCAAAAUAAUAUACACGUGUUUUGUUGCUGGUACAUUUAAUUUUUUGGAGAACAUAUCGCGCCUAGAAAUUAGUUGGCAAAAUGUCUAUGCGAGAAAAAUUGCUAAUGAAAAAGAUAAAAAAACGUGAAAAAAUGAAGAAAGUGCUAGCGGAGAACAAGAAGGGAAAGCAGCACCAACUUGUUCCUGUAAAUAAAGUGGAGGAUGAGGUAGAUGGCGACUUCAGCGAAGCUCCUGGACCCUUGGCCAAGAAAGCAAAAAUGUCGAAGAAAAAACCACAACGUCAAAUCGCAGUAGUGAAUUCAGAUUCCGAUAGUGAGGAUGAUCGAAAGCCAGAUUCAGAUGAUGGCAGUGAAUUUUCCGAUGAUGAAGACGUGGAACCUGGUUACGAAGAAAAUGAUAAAAAGCCGUUGAAGAAUAAUCAAAAUGGAAAAACUACGACGAAAAAAUCAGAGGUACAAUCAACCAGUCGAGAAGGCACAACUGCAGAAGAAGCUCUUGUCAAUCGCGAUCCGAAUGAUCGGUCGUUUGGUUCUCUUAAAGGAAUCGUGUCAGAUCCUACUCUAAAAGCCAUUGAAGAGAUGGGAUUUACAGAGAUGACGGAAAUACAAGCUAAAUCUCUACCUCCAUUGCUUGAGGGACGUGAUUUAGUUGGUGCUGCCAAGACUGGUUCAGGCAAAACGUUGGCUUUUCUGAUACCAGCGAUAGAGUUAAUAUACAAAUUACGACUACAAAAUGAAAAACAGUAUUAA